CUUCUUUUUUGUUCUUCUCUCUUCCCUCCUCAGCUCCUCAGCAGUUCAGAUGAACAAGUUUGUGCUACUUGCGCUUGUCGGCGCCUGUGUGUCAAUGGCAGCAAUGCCUGCCCAUGCCGCUCUCGGCUAUGUGACCGGCAUCGAGCCGGCCAUGGUUUCCGGCGGCACCCCUCAGCCUCUCUACGAACUCCUCCCCGGCCAAACGCUCCCCCUCGCCAUCCAAGUUUUCAAGAACGGUGUUACGGAUUCUGCUGGCGCUGGCGGCAACAUUGGCUGCUUCCUCCGCACCUGGACAGUUGACGAUUUCGGCGGCGCCCAAUCUGCUCAGACCGACACUGCCAUGACUUAUGCUGGCGACGCUGGCGCUGGCAGCCCCCCGCCGAAUGAUCGCUACGUGCUCAACUUCCGCGGUGUUGAUGGCCAAAAGUACGAGUACACCAUGUUCUGCCGUGACAACACCGACAACACUGUUGCCAUUCCCAACCCCGAGGACUUGACCACUGGCAAGGUUGUUGCCUACGCUGUUCGCACGGGCAUGGUCAACUGGAUUAACGAGAACUUCCUGUCCUUCACUGGUCUUGGCUUCCAGCCCGCCAGCAACCUUUCGACCGGCCAGCUCAGCUCUGACACCUGGCGUGUUGGCGGCGGUGUUAGCAUGGACUACGGCACCACCCGCACUGGCGGUUUCUUUGCCCGUGGCGAAACCCUUGUUCCCACCCAAUCUGGCGUCUACGGCAUCCCCGCUUCGAGCAGCAACCGCGCAUUCAUCCUCCAGCCCUCGUUCGACCCCAGCUCCCGCCUCUUCGACCCCGGCUUUAUCGAAAUGCGCCUCGAGAACACUCUCCAGAACCGCAUCAACACCAGCUUGCCCAUCUUUGUCUCCUACGGCCUCUACUCGUACGGCAACACUGCUCGCAUGACUGCCAAGCUCUCGUACCGCGUCUCGAACUCCAAGUCCUCGUCCGAGUCUGACAUUUUCACCGAUGUCGGCACCCCCUACACCUUCACCCUCGCCUCGUCGCAGGUCGGCACCGCGUCGUUCAACGUCUCCAUCAACGCUGCCAUCGAGUCGCACGACUACAUCUUCAUCCGCUUCAGCUUUGCCUCGUCCACCCCCAUCUCUGGACCCCCGGAUGCGAUUGGCAUUACCUCUGCCCAGGUUGACGUCAACUUUGGCGGCCUGACUCCCCCUGCCGUCGUCACCACCUCCCAGAUCGCCCCCGCCUCCAGCGCUGCCGGUUCAGUCGCUUCGUCCAAUGCCCCCGCUGCCUCUUCCGGCGCCCCCGUUGCCGGCUCCUCGAGCGUCUCUCGCCUGUCCUCCUCCUCCUCCUCCAAGGCCUCCGUCUCGGGCUCGGCUGCCGCCCCUUCGAUCUCUGUCUCGCGCCCCGCCACUACCGGUGUUGUUCCCAGCGGCACUGUGGGCGCUGGCAGCGCUGCCUCGAUGGUGUCCGUUUCCAUCCUCACCUUCCUCUUCGCCGCUGUGGCCCACUUUGCCAAGAUGCUCUAAAACACUGGCAGAAGCAGCAGCAGCAUGUCCUGGAUUUUUUUGGUAUUUUUAUCACUCUAACUCGAUUCGAUUUUGAUGUAGCUAUUUAGUUUGUUGGAGUCCUGUACAAAUACAAUCUGAUGAAAAAAAAAUACGC